CCUCCAACCCGCGUCCGCAUCUCCACAAUCCGAGCUCUACUUGCUGGAUUCUUGCAGCUCCAAAGACGCAAUGGCUUCAGACGCAAAUCGAGAUGUCUCCAUGGGCUCUUCUCCGCCGCCAGUCCCCGCGACAGACGACGAGCCCAAGUACGGCGGCUACUCGCGCUUCGAGAUUGAGCUCGAGUUUGUUCAAUCGCUCGCCAAUCCCUACUACCUGAACCAUCUCGCGUCGCAGAAGCUCCUCACCCAGCCCGCCUUCAUCGCCUACCUUGCCUAUCUGCAAUACUGGUCCAAGCCGCCGUACCUCAAAUAUCUGACCUACCCCGGGCCGACGCUGCGACACCUCGAGCUGCUGCAGCAGGAGAGGUUCAGGCUGGAUAUCAUGAGCCCGGAUCUGGUCCAGCGACUCGUCGAGGAUGAGAUGAAGGCGUCUGUGCAGUGGCAUUGCGAGCCUUGAGGCUGCUAGUACGAAACACGGGUGAUUCUACUCGAUACUUUCAUUUCGACGAUGCAUUCACGAAUCAGCAAGCAUAAGCGAUCAUUACAGUCCUGAAAAAAAAAACAUUUAAAUCGUCUUUUAAAUGUCUAUCAUAGAAAAAUCAUCGCCUGAAAUGCUUCAAACAAAAUAUACCCCCCAUAUUUGACCCGAUAUCCUCCAACGCCGAGACGAAGAAAAAAAAAACGACCACGAAAGAUCCAUCCCCUCGAUUUCCGACUUUACGAUAGCCGUCCCUCUUGGCUUCCCCCGCCAAAUAUCAGUUCUCGCGCCAUCGGUGACCACAUGUCAUGCACUUGAAGAAACUCGUCAUCGGCUCAUCAGCACUUCGAAUCUGCACCUGGAAAAAGGCCGCCUCCUCGCCAGUGCAGCCUUCGUUCGGGCACUGCGCCUUGGACUUCUGCGCGUUGUCCCAGGCUCCCGGUCCGCCAAAGACGUCCUCGCGCUCUUUGCGCUCAAAGACGCGCCGCGAAAAGACCGGGUCGGUGAUGGCGUGUUCGUAGGGGCAUGUGCGGCACUCGAGGCGGUUUGUGCGGUUGAGCGUCAGGGAGACGGUCAGGAUGUUUGCGCAGUGCGGACAGACUGCGUCGCAAAAGAUUUUUGGUCAGAUGGGAGAAACAAAACGACGUGUUCGGGUGUGUGGAAUCAUGUGCUUACAGAGAAGCAUGGCUGUGGCUGUGACUGUAUUGUGUAUGCUAUAUUUAAAAUACCCUAUGCCUGGGGCAAGGCGUAGAUGGACAAGAUAGAUUUAAUGCAGAAGAUGCUAUGGCUCUUUGCGCGCUUGCUUUCUAGAUUUGU